AUGCUCAGAAGAGCUUUCGGCAGCGAGAAACAAGUCGACCCCUCAGACGACGACGACCGCUCGAGGCGCUUGCGCUACCGCUGCCGCGCAACCAACGUCCUCACCAUUGUCUACCUGUUGAGCCUCCUCCUCAUCGCGCUCGCUCUGUCCCUGGCUGAUGCUGAGAAGCAGCGGCAGUCCCUGGCUGACGUCUUGCAGAAUUGCGGCAAUCAGAACCACCAAGUCCACCUGGUCGGGAUGGAAGAGGCAAUCGCUGCCGACGAGGAAGGCACUUACGACGAGCUGGAGAAGCUGCGGAUUGCAAAGCGGAUAAGGAAGCUCAGAGAGCAGAGGCGUAAGAGCGACCGAGAAGCGCGAAUGAACGAGGAUGGCGAUGAAAACAGCGCGUAUCACUAUCUAUAG